AUGCUCCGCCGUGGACGGUGAGGGCGCUCCUUCCAGUCCACGGACGCUUUUUCACAGACUGUCUGACCCCCCCAUCAACAAGCCACUUCCUCUUUUGUCUAAUUUCAUGGCGAUCGGGAGAGAGGGAACACCACCGACGCACGCACACUGUCUCAGCACUCCUCAAAGAGUUUAUUCGGGUGUAAACUAAGUUGUCUACCGGAUUGGCACAACAGACACUGUUCUCCAGGUGACACUAAGUGGACAUCACUAAAGGGGCCCCGCCAGCACUUGGAUCCGCUCUUCUGUGUCCCAGGUUAAGACUCCUUGGUCUAUGGCUCUGAUGGACAAGCACAAACAGGUCAAGCGGCAGAGACUUGACCGCAUUUGUGAGGGUAUCCGACCCCCCAUCCUGAAUGGGCCGAUGCACCCACGGCCCCUGGUGGCCCUGCUGGACGGACGCGACUGUACUGUGGAGAUGCCCAUCCUCAAAGAUGUGGCCACGGUGGCUUUCUGCGACGCCCAGUCCACGCAAGAGAUCCACGAGAAGGUUUUAAAUGAGGCAGUGGCUGCUCUGCUGUACCACACUAUCACUCUAUCCCGAGACGACUUGGAAAAGUUUAAAGGUCUACGAGUAAUUGUCAGGAUUGGCUCCGGCUUCGACAACGUCGACAUCAAAGCAGCUGCUGAGCUUGGCAUCGCUGUCUGUAACGUGCCAGCGUCCUCAGUGGAGGAGACGGCCGACACUUCGCUAUGUCUGAUCCUCAACCUGUACAGGCGAGUCACCUGGAUGCACCAAGCCCUCAGGGAGGGAACCCGUGCCUCUAGCGUGGAGCAGAUCAGGGAGGUGGCCGGUGGUGCCGCACGUAUCCGGGGUGAGACGCUGGGCAUUAUCGGUCUAGGACGUGUUGGUCAAGCGGUGGCUCUGCGGGCCAAGGCCUUCGGUUUCGGCGUGAUCUUUUAUGACCCGUACCUGCCGGAUGGUGUGGAGCGCUCACUGGGCCUGCAGCGAAUGGCCACACUGCAGGACCUGCUCAUACACUCUGACUGUGUAUCCCUGCACUGCAGCCUCAACGAGCACAACCACCACCUCAUUAAUGACUUCACCAUCAAACAGAUGCGUCAAGGAGCCUUCCUGGUGAACACUUCCAGAGGCGGCCUGGUCGACGAGAAGGCGCUGGCCCAGGCCCUGAAGGAGGGUCGGAUACGAGGAGCCGCCCUGGACGUCCACGAGACGGAACCCUUCAGCUUCUCAACAGGCCCGCUGAAGGAUGCCCCCAACCUGAUCUGUACCCCGCACACAUCCUGGUACAGUGAGCAGGCCUCCGUUGAGGCCCGUGAGGAGGCAGCCAGGGAGGUGCGCCGCGCCAUCACUGGGCGUAUCCCCGACAGUCUGAAGAACUGCGUUAAUAAGGAGUACCUGAUGGCAGCCUCUCAGUGGCCCAGCAUGGAGGCAGCGACUGUUCACCCAGAACUUAAUGGAGCCACCUACAGAUUUCCUCCAGGUCUGAUCAAUGUUGCAGCAGCGGGGGGUCUUCCAGGAGCCGGUGCGGGUGUUGAGAGCCUCGUUUCAGGAACCCUGGCACACGGCAUCGCCCCGGUGUCCCACCCCCCCCACGCCCCUUCCCCGGGGCAGCCUACUAAGGCCGAAGCCGACAGAGACAUCCCCUCCGACCAAUAGCCCCCUCCGCUGCCGCCAGCACAUUCCGCCAUCUCUGGAAACCAACCCCCCACCUCCCAGGAUCAGACACAACCCGACCCUCUAGAACAUCGGCAGCACCAGUUUGACCUGACGUGGAUCUACAGUCUUUUCUCAGAUCACACAACCAGCCCAGGAGUGACCUAUCCACAGCUAGCCCCGUCCCGCUCGGACCCCCCCCCCACUCCCACCACCACCACCAGAACACACACAUCCCUCCUCCAUCCUCAUCUCACCCACCAUCCCCCUCCCCUCCCUUCACUCCCCCACUACGUCAGCAAUAACUGUUCUCAAGGAUUCAAUUAUUGGAUUGGUUUAUUUCCUUAGUUGGCUGUUGUUUUAAUGGAAAGUUGAUCUGUUGUGGUUCUAGGUGUUAAUGUUUGUUUGUUUGUUAAAAAUGAAAUAGCAUUUCUGACGCAAGGCUUCGCAGCCUAGCGCCUCCUGCAGUCCUCCUCUGGUUCUGACCACUAGAGGCACAGAGACAUAAAGGUUGAAGCCCCACUUUGUACAUUAAUGGCUCAUGUUACUGCUCUCUUCUUCUUCUUCUUUUCUUUUCUUUUCCUCCCCUAACUUACGACAAGGGGAAACGUGUACUGAAGUAAACCGGACAGAAUUGCAAACAGUACUUUUCUGUCCUUCCCGAAAAGCAUCUAGCCCCCCCCCCUCUGCCCUCGGCUGCCCUCGCCUCUCCUUCGGCGCCGUCGUCAUCUUGCUCGGACCCGUGACGCGGUCGGCGCGGAGCUCUCUGACUCUCGAUUGCGUUUCACCUGCGCGGCUCGAACCCGAGCGUUAAAACCGUCGUAGAGUGACGCGAAACAUCAACUUUUAAUGCUGUGAUGGUCUAGUUUUAAGACGGUCAUCCCCCGUAUCCGCACGUGCUCGGCCCCUCGUCAGUUUUCUUUUUUUUUUUUUUUUUUUUUUUUAAUUCUGUCUCGAUAGCGUGUCGAUAGAGUGUGGUAUCGGAUCUCCUGCCAGCAGCCAGAGGUCUGUGUGUGGUGCCUAGUGCCCGCACGCGACCGACCGACCGACCGACCAACCACCAUCUAAACGCUGCACACCAGACUCCCUGCCAGCAGAGGGCGCUGCCUGGCCGCUCAGAGCUGAGAGAGUUGCCUGCAGCUCGUUACAGGUUUAGUGAUGAAGAACGUGAUCACACACUGCCGAAAUUUAAAAAAACAAACAAAAAAAAAACACACACAGGAAGGGUGAACAGGGAUCUACCACCGCCUUAUUGUUUGACAAGAGCUCACCACACCACCACCACCACCACCAUCCUCCUCCUCCUCCUACACCCACCCACCCUCCACUCCUCCCCCACUGUCAUGGCCCACCACCUUACACACCUGCUCAUGAACCAGAACGCAUCCAGUGUGAGGGGACAGUAGAGAUUAGACGUAGGAGCGAAGGGGACAGUGGUCUUGCAUGCUGGCUCGUUAAUGACAGUGGUGUGUGUGUGCGUGAGUGAGUGAGUGUGCGUGCGUGCGUGUGCGUGUUUGUACGUUCCCUCACCCUACUAUGAUAACAGGCUGUUGUCGUUCCAAAGGAAUAGUCCCUAGGAGUAACUCUUAAACGCUGUUGCCCUGGUGUCAAGGGAACACCUUUCUAGUACCUCAGUAACAGAUAUUGAAUGUACCGUGCAUACCCUUUUAUUUUUUGUACAGAUUUUCUAGAUGACAUCUUUCCUAUUCUUUACUAGAAGGGUUGUGAAAAUUGUAGCAGUAAUGACACAAUAAAAAACGGAAAUAAAAUCCCCGUGAACCAAUUAGACAAAUUCUUCACUAAGGCCGCUGAAUACUCAGGCUUCGAAAACAAAGCCAAUAUAUCUCUCUCUCUCUCGCUCUCUUUACCCUUUUUUUAUUUCCUCGUGAAAAAAAAAGUCAGCACAAUUCAGCGUCCCACCACCAACCCCCCCUCUACCCCCCUAAAUUCAUAGACCGAUGUGUUUCGACCUCCAAUCUUACCGGCUGACGGAAAAACAAAAACAAACAAAAAAAAAAAAACGAAAGGCGGUCGUCGUGGUCUGCUAGAUUUCUUUUUUACUAGAACAGUAGUGGUAGAUGCUGUUUUUCUUUGUUAUUAUUAUUAUUAUUAUUAUUAUUGUCCCCCUUUCAUUGUCAAGCUGCUCUACCUAUAGUGCAUGUGAGGUAAUUUUCAAGGGGGAAUACUAUUGAUAUACCCUGCCCGUACCCUCGCCCCCCUCCCCCUCGCCCCCCUCCCCCUUCCAAAGUGUUUUCAACCCGAGUUGCCAUUUUUGUCGUGGUCAGUUUCCAGUGAUGUACAGUUUUCCCCCCCUCAGAGUCUAUGAGCGACACGGAGCAUGUCUGUGUCCUGAGAUGGUAGGCUCCUCUGUCAUGUGAUGAGUAUAUAUUUUUUAAAAAAAAAAGUAACCCCCAUAGUUUGGAUUAUGAGCAUAAUAGUAAUCUUAAAUUUUGCUGUUGAUGAUGAUGAUGAUGAUGAUGAUGAUUAUAUAUAUUUUUCAGUUCAGCAGUGCACUGUUAUGAAAACCAUUCUGUUUUAUUGUAGGAUUUCAUUUUUAUGGAUAUGCUGUCUGUGUUCUACAUGUUGUACUGAAACAUUUCAGAGAAAACAAGAGAUCCCCCCCGCCCCUACCAGUUGUUUUUUUUUUUUUUUUUUGUGAAAGAAUUUGUCUUAUCCCACUUGUGCUUUCCAGCUGAUAUCCUGUGGGCCUUACUUAUUCUCUCCCUGUAACCGUAGCUGUUAUAGAAAAGCCGCCAUGGAACCACUCACUGCCUUAAUACAGUUGACCACAGCAGGUGAAGACAGGAAACGCACCCAGCCGAAACCGACGGGCCGCAACCCAGGCCGCUCCACAACAACAACAACAACAACAAAAGUAUAUAAAAAAAAAAAAAACAAGCUCCUCACACCCCGACAGGUUAAAACCUACCGCACCUUGCAUUACUUCUUCAGCGAUGAACCACGUUUGGCCUUGUGUGAACAGUUUUUUCUCAUUCUGCAAUGACAUGAAAUCCAGCGUGACUUCUUAACUGUGCAUUUGUGUUUGGGUCUUUUGUACUCGUAGUUUUUAAAAACAGUCAGCCCGGCGGUGUGUGCACGUGCGCAGGCUAACAGAUAAGCACAGUGUGUGUAUGCUCGCAACAGCUGAUAUUGUUCACUCUUGGGUGUGAGUCCGUGCCCCACUCCCUCCUCCACCGUCCUCCUCCGCCGUUCGCCGCCGCUCUGGGGCUUUUAAAGCGUCUUCCACAGGGUGGGGGCCGCUGGAGCCCCGGGGCGGCCGGUAAAGGAGGAGGAGGUGGUGGAGGUGGGGGUGGAGGUGGAGGGAGGGUGGGUGAAAGCCGGUGUGGUCUGUCAACAAAAAAGCGGAAAAAUGAUGGUGAGAGUUGGUCACUUUUUCUCUCUCAGGGUUCAAAUGCACACAUAUCCUCCAGCAGUCGCCCUCUGUCUCGUGUCCCUCAUCCCAGGUUUUUCUGCCCUCAGAACGUAGAAUAAGCCUCGUGCGUUUCUUUUUUUUUUUUUGUCUUUAUUUUAUUUUAUUUUUCUUACAAACCGCUGUCCCCCCUCUUUUCCCUCCCCCCUCUUUGUGCACAGGUCUGAACUUUUUUCUGUUUUUUUUUUUCUUUUUUUUUGCUUUUCCUUUGGCACUGACAUCUUACCAUCUAACAAGGAAUGAAUGAAUGAAUGUUUGAACGUGACUUGAGUGUAUAAUGUUAAAAUUGGGAAAUGUAUUUUUACAACAUGUGAACAUUUUUUUUUUUUUUUUUGUUUCCACUCACACUCAUCGUGAAUUGAUUUUUUUUUCUUUCACCAGACUGCAAAAACAAACAAAAAAAAACAAAUGAAAAAAAAAAUCUCCUGUAACUAGGCUCUUAAGCUUUAUUUUUGUUUUUGUUUACUUUUUUAUUAGAAACAAUCAUGUUUGUGAUGGUAACUUCCAAUGGUAAACUCCACACCGUAUUUUAAUAAAAUCUUAAAAAUUAAA